AUGCGUAUAUAUGUCAAGUUCAUGAAAGAUACAAUCUCCAAGAAAUGCACAACAGACAUUGAACCUAUCCUUUUGAUGGAAACAUGUAGUGCUAUGUUACAAGGUAUGAAGAUUAGUGUGAAAAAGAAAGAUAAGGACUCUGUCACCAUUCCAUGCAAAAUUGAAGAUAGAAAAUUCAAGAAGACACUUGUUGUUUUAGGGGCUAGUGUGAGUCUUAUACCUUUAUCCAUCUACAGGAAGCUAGGCAUUGGUACGAUUCAAGAUACCAGAAGGACACUUCAGUUUACAGAUCACUCAGUGAAAAGACCCUAUGGGAUAAUAGAAUAUGUUAUGGUAAAAAUAGACAAAUUUGUGUUUCCUGUUAAUUUUGUGAUUAUGGAAAUUCCUGAAGAUGAAGAGAUUCCAUUUAUCUUAGGAAGACCGUUUCUAGAGACUAGACGAUGCAUGGUAGACAUAGAGGAAGGAACCAUAACUCUAAAAGUUUAUGAUGGAGAACUCAAGAUAGAUGUCCGGAACACGAUGAAGUAUAAAGAUGAUGUGGAAACCAGUAAUACAGUUGAGGUGUUAGACACGAUGAUUGCUCAAUCUAUUCAGAUGAAAACACAACUUUGGAAAAAGCCCUUAGCCUAUCUUCUCAAGAAUAGAAUAGAAUGA